UAAAAACCAAUUAAAAACACAAUAUGCAGGGAACCCAGACCCCAUUGAGAGAUAGAUACAGAGAGACUCUUCGUAUGUAUUUCUGUGUGCUUGUUACCCAGAAACUGAGCAAAACCCUAAUUUUCUCUCUCUAAAAGCAGUUCAAGGUCUGCGAUUUCAUCAUCGUCCACCUCAAAGAUGCACAAGUCGGGUAGAGGCCAACGUGAAAAGCUUCAGCAGUUCAUCAUGAUAACCGGAGCGAGUGAAAAAGUGGCUUUGCAGGCUCUGAAGUCUAGUGAUUGGCAUCUUGAAGGAGCGUUUGAUGUAUUCUACAGUCAGCCCCAGCUGCAAGCACAUACUGAUUCUAGGCAUUUGGAGGAAUUAUACAAUAGAUAUAAAGAUCCACGUGCUGACAUGAUACUUGUUGAUGGUAUCAGCCUCCUUUGCAAUGAUCUUCAGGUGGAUCCUCAAGAUAUCGUCAUGUUAGUUGUUUCCUGGCACAUGAAGGCAGCUACCAUGUGUGAAUUUUCCAAGCAGGAGUUCGUAGAUGGAUUAGAAUCACUAGGGAUAGAUUCUUUGGACAAGUUCCGUGAAAAGAUACCAUUUAUGAGAUCCGAGCUGAAAGAUGAACAAAAGUUUCGAGAGAUAUAUAAUUUUGCUUUUGGCUGGGCAAAAGAAAAGGGUCAGAAAUCUUUGGCAUUGGAUACUGCAAUUGGAAUGUGGCAAUUACUGUUUGCUGAAAAGCAGUGGCCGUAUGUUGAACAUUGGUGUCAGUUCUUACAGGCUCGGCAUAACAAGGCAAUUUCGAGGGACACAUGGUCUCAACUAUUGGAGUUUGCGAGGGCUGUGGAUUCAUCACUGUCAAACUAUGAUGCGGAAGGUGCCUGGCCAUAUCUUAUUGACGAAUUUGUCGAGUACUUGAAGGAGAACGGCGUAAUCCAAAAGGGUUAAUUGCCUGCCUGAAUGGAGCCAAAACUGUUUAGGACUGCUUGAGUGGUGAGUUAGGAGUUUCUCUAGUCUGCAUUACUGUAAUUGAGUUGUGCUGCCCUGUAAUUGAACUCGGUUCGUCUUCAAAACGAGACCGGCCAAAAUGUCGAACUCUAAAAUCUAAGAUUAUAUUUUACAGUCGGUUAGAUUGUUGACCUGGAUUGUGUAUUAUCUAGUACAACAUUUGCCUCUUUGUUUCGUAAAAUAUCUAGUACGAUGUAUGAAUGAGUGAAGCCAGUGUUU